AUGGCCGCAAUAGAUGAGGUGGACAGGGGCGUGCCGGUGAUAGGGUUGAGGCACGGGAUGGUGGCGCGGUGCGGCCGCGAUGAGAUAGAUUUCGCUGUGGACUUGUUCGACUGGUGUGAGGAUCAGGUUCACUGGAGCCUCGAGAGAGAUGGUACAGACCUCAAGACACUAGCUACAAGAUUUUGGAAAGUUGCUGCUCCCUACUGGUGGUCUGAGGAUAAAACCCAAGCAAGGCUGAGGCUUGCUGCUGUGUUUGCUCUCACAUUGGGAACCACAGGGAUUAAUGUUGGAUUUAACUUCCUCGGUCGUGACUUCUACAAUGCCCUUGCUGAUAAGGAUCAACACAAGUUUACCACGCAACUGCUCUACUACCUGGGUGCUUUUGCUGGAGGAAUUCUGUUCUUUGUCUUGAGAGACUAUGCAAGAGAAACUCUUUCUUUGAGAUGGCGAUCUUGGAUGACAAGUUAUUAUAUGAAGCGUUACUUUAAAAACAGAACCUUUUACAAGAUUCAAUCUCAAUCAAUAAUUGACAAUCCAGAUCAAAGGAUAAAUGAUGAUCUCAGCGUAUUCACUGGAACAGCACUUGCAUUCUCUCUCACACUUUUCAAUGCUGCUGUGGACUUGGUAUCAUUCAGCAACAUCCUCUAUGGAAUCUACCCACCAUUGUUUAUUGUUCUUGUUGUCUACUCUCUUGGGGGUACUGCUAUUAGUGUCUUCCUUGGUAAGAAUUUGGUCAACUUGAACUUCAUGCAAGAGAAGAAAGAAGCUGAUUUUCGUUACGGACUUGUCCGUGUUAGAGAAAAUGCUGAAUCGAUUGCUUUUUAUGGUGAAAUUGCUGAUAGCUUCUCGGAAUCUGGAGUUUUUCACCAAUGGUUAUCGAUAUUUGAUUCAGAUUCUGCCAGCUGCAGUUGUUGCUCCAAUUCAAUUAGUGCGUUCUCAGCAGUUAUCGAUCGUCUAGGUGAAUUUGAUGAUCUAUUGGAUGGAAAUGAAUCCUCUCCAUCAUCUCAACGUGAUAGCAUUGAUGGGAUCAACAUUGUUUUCAAAAGCAAUGGUCCUUCUGUUCUUAGUUCUAAUGGAUCACUAACACAGUCUGAUCAAAGCAUGGUUCUGGAAAUUCGUAAUUUGACAUUGUUAACACCAAGAAGUGGAAAUGUUCUUAUUACUGGACUCACUUUUGAACUAAAAGACAAGGACCACCUACUGGUGAUGGGACCUAGUGGAAGUGGGAAGACCUCACUAUUACGUGCUUUGGCUGGCCUCUGGACUAGUGGUACUGGGGAGAUCAUAUACCAUGUGAGAAAUUCUAUGCAGCUUCAAAAAUCAAAUUCAAGUUCUGAUGAGCCAUCCAACAUGAAUUUAGAAGGUGGAGAAUUGUUGCGAAGUUCCAAGCAAAGAAGAGAUAAUGGCAUAUUCUUCGUCCCACAAAGACCAUAUAUGGUUUUGGGAACACUUCGUCAACAGUUGCUCUAUCCUACAUGGACUGAAAAGGCUCAUCACUCACCAGAUAAUGAUGCUCAAAAUUCAGAUCCUCUUCCUUUUCUGUCUGAAGUCUCCACAUCAGAUGGAGUCAGUGCCAAAUCUGAGGUGCCCACAACGUCUGAACUGAUCAAAGUCCUUGAGGUUGUUAAGUUGGGCUACAUAUUGCCUCGUUUUAAUGGCUUGGACUCUAUGCAUGACUGGGCCAGUGUUCUUUCGCUGGGGGAGCAGCAGCGUCUUGCAUUCGCCCGGUUGUUACUUGCUACACCCACUUUGGUCCUACUGGAUGAGUCGACAAGCGCACUUGAUGAAGCAAAUGAGGCUCAUCUAUACAGUCAGAUUGAAGCUGCAGGCAUUACUUACAUAAGCAUCGGACACCGGAAAACACUUCACAAGUUCCACAACAAGGCCCUGUACAUUUCGAAGUCUGAUUCGACAGACACAAAUCUACGCAGCUGGGAGCUAAAGCCCACAGACCAGCUUCCACUUGAAGAGUCAUCUCCAUUCCCUUCAUGA